GUUACGUAACGUCAUCAUCCCGCGACUACGACUCAGAAGUGGGACACGCAUUCGGAACACAUGUAAACAUUUCGCCAUCCUAGGGGCAGACCGAAGUUUAAAUGGCACCGACACAUGCCAAAUGGAAGCCAGGUAACCUUCCACAGAAAGAAGGGAACUGGAAGAAGCCCCAAAAGCAAAAUGCCGUCGUUAAAAAGAAGAAAUGGGUUCCAGUAAACAAAGUUUUCCAAGGAAGUAUUAAAGAAGGUCAAGGUUUUGCGUUUGAGCGCAAAGAAAAAGUGAAGCAUGAGUACAACAAGAUUUUGCGAAAGGAGAAGAAGAAAACAAACAAACAGACGUCCUCAACAUCGUUGCUGUACCGCGACGAGUACCCAGAACACCUCAAACAUUUGUAUAUGGCCGAGGCGGAGAAGCUGAGGAAGGAGGUGUGGACAAACAGAGUGAACCGGGUCAAAUUGAGAAAGAAAGGACAAGGCCAGGAGAAACCAAAUGAGGCCGAGAUGGAGGAGAAGGCUGUUUCUGAACCAAAAGAUGCAGGUCCCUCCGAGGCUGAAAAUACAGAACAAUCAACAUCGGUAUCAGAAAGCCUGCCACUAAGCAACCGCAUGAAGAAAAAGCUGGACAAGAAGACGUCCUACCAAAGGUCCCUGGAGGAGUGCGAGCGAGUUCGAGAAACGCAGCGGAAAAAGAAAGAGGAGUUCCUGAAGCGCAAGCAGCAGCGUGAGGAGUCCAUUCGAAAGUACAAAGAGAAAAAGAUGGAGAUGUAUCAGAUGCUUUGCAAAAAGACCAAGAAGGGGCAGCCCAAUCUCAAUCUUCAAAUGGACUACUUGCUUCAGAAGAUCCAGAAAAUCUCAGAAGCGACUCCCAAAAAAUGAACAUGCGCAUGAUUUGGGCCAGAAGGUGAAUCUUGUGUGGUUUUACCACAAGAUGGCAUUGUAAGAUAAGGCGACAAUGUCCUCUUGUGUAAUAAAUGUGAAAAUACA